CAAUCUCAGCAAAGAUUUGGCAUUGAUUUGCGCGAUCCGCAUGAAGCGAACACAGUUCCCGGCCGGACAGAGCAUCAGUAGCAGCAGCUGCAGCGAGCAACGGACGAAAUUCUGUACGAUCGUACGAAAGUUCUAAUAUUCAUAUCGUUUCGCUGGAAAUACCGUACCGUACAGCAGUGCUGUGGAAAAAGUGUGCUAUGUUUGGUUUCUCAAAAAAUACCUCUAAUCAGGUGCUAUCAGCGUGCAUAGUGAACAUCAUCAAUUUAUCCCAUGGAGCUGCACUCGGUUGGGUUUCGCCUUUUUUGCCACUGUUGCAGUCAGAGGAUUCUCCGCUGCACACGGGACCUGUGACGACGGAACAAGGAUCAUGGAUAGGUUCCAUUCUGUGUCUGGGCGGUCUGUUCGGAGCAAUUAUCUACGGAUAUUUAUGCGAAAAGAUUGGCGUGAAAAAAAGCAUCUUCUGUCUCGUCAUUCCGAACAUGAGCUUCUGGAUUACGGUGUACUUUUCAACAUCCGUCUACCAUCUGUAUGUGGCAAGGAUUUUUGCCGGAAUGGCCGGUGGUGGAAUAAUUGUUACUUUUCCACUGUACGUGGCAGAUAUCUCCGAUAGCAAAAUACGCGGAGCCAUCGGAUCGCUUUUGGGUUUGUCAGGAAAUUUAGGAAUACUGCUGAUGUAUAUCGUCGGGGAUUUUCUUUCGUAUCGAACAGUACCAAUAGUCCUAUCGUGCAUUCCUGUAUUGUUCAUGAUUUCGAUGAGUUUCAUUCCGGAAACUCCUCAAUCUUUACUGAAGGCACAGAACAUUUCACAAGCGAAACAGUCUUUUAUGUUUUAUAAUGGAAUCAAAAGAGACGAAAAACAAAUGGCCGCCAGUCAACAGGAAUUCGAAAAAUUGAAAGCCUUCAUCCUCGACAGUAAAGAAAAUACUCAGAAAUUAGUCGUUUCAGAUUUCACAACGCCGACCGCCCGUAAAGCAAUCUUCAUCGGUAUUUUCCUCAUGUUCCUGAACCAGUUUUGCGGAGUCUUCGCUAUUCUAACGUACGCUGUGUCGGUAUUCAGUGAGUCAGGAUCUAUGAUAAGCCCAGGAGCUUCCGCCAUCAUCAUGGGGUCAAUACAAAUCGUUGGAAUACUGGCUUCCUUUGUCCUGGUUGAUUUGGCUGGACGAAAGCGGUUGCUGCUGGUGUCAACCUUUGGGACCGGAUUGGGGCUGUCCUGUUUGGGUGUGUAUUCGUGGUUGCGAACUCAGAACGCUGACAUCGAGGGGUUCGACUGGGUACCGAUCGUGAGUCUCUCGGGUACCGUGUUAUUGUUUUGUGUGGGCCUGUGCAACAUUCCUUUCUUCGUGCUACCGGAGAUUUUACCUGCUAAGAUUUGCAAUGCUGGAAACGUAAUCAGUAUGAUUUCUAUUACAAUAUUUGCAUUCAUCAGUUUAAAGAUUCUUCCGAUAUUGCUGGAAGUCAUUCAUCUCUAUGGAGCAGUUGCCAUAUUUGCCAGUACCUGUUUUCUAGGUGUCAUCAUAAUUGCCUUAUUCAUUCCUGAAACCAAAGGAAAAAAUCUGAUAGCUCCUGAAAGUGUAUGAUAUGUGAUACGUAACUCUAGCUGUAGAAUUUUUGGUCUAUUAACCUCAGUAUACGUAUUAAUAUUUUCUCGAAUAAAAAUGUGUUAUUCUGUUUCAACGAUAACUAUCAAAUUGA